AUGUCCAGUCCUGAAAAUGCCUCCUGCCCAACUCCGCAGCAUUCGCUGUCAUUUACGCAAGGUCUACUGCUCGGUCAACUUUCUGUUGUCCUCCUAAUAGGCGCGUUUAUCAAAUUCUUCAUAUUCGGAGAAGCCCCUUCUUCAUCCUCGAGAGGUAUAUCACAGCGAGCAGCACCUCGCAAACGGUCAUAUUCUGUCAACAGUACACUCUUUAGAGAUGCAGCUUCAAGAUCGCUGAAAGAGUCGGCCUCGUCCAACGUCUUGCGCCCCGUUCCCUCCUCGUCCACAAACACAAAGUCCAUCCUCCGAAAAACCUACUACAAUGCGAUCCCUACUAACUUCCAGAAAAAUGGUCGGAACCGUCUCCACCAUUCUACCCAUCAACCGGAAUCAUUAGAUUGGUUUAAUGUUUUGAUUGCUCAAUUGAUUGCGCAGUACCGGCAGACUGCAUACUUACUCAAAGACUCGCCCACAUCAUCCAUUCUCGACUCUCUUACGGAGACACUGAACAACGUGGAAAAGAAACCAUCAUGGAUUGACAGAAUCAACGUUACAGAUAUCUCAAUUGGUGAAGAAUUUCCUAUAUUCAGUAACUGCCGUGUUAUUGCCGUCGACGAUCCAAAUUCGGAUGGAGGAAGACUGCAAGCAUUAAUGGAUGUCGAUUUAAGCGAUGACAACUUAUCACUCGCUAUCGAAACCAACUUGCUACUAAACUACCCAAAACCAGCUUCCGCUGUACUACCAGUUGCUUUGUCAGUAUCUGUUGUACGAUUCUCCGGAACUUUGUGCAUAUCCUUUGUUCCCAGCCCUGGCACAACGUCGGAAAGCAGCCCUAACCCGCAACCUCAUUCAGAGGGCCAAAACGAAUCUCGACCUGGCCAAGAGGUCCCCGGAAGACCUAGUAGCAAAGACGGAGUCAGGUCGGGAAUACCAAAAACAAGCCUUGCAUUUUCGUUCCUACCCGACUACCGCCUAGACAUCUCAGUUAGAUCACUCAUUGGAUCACGCAGCAGACUUCAGGAUGUUCCCAAAGUUGCGCAACUCGUUGAAGCACGGGUUCAAUCGUGGUUUGAGGAUCGUGUUGUAGAACCUCGAGUGCAACUAGUUGCCUUACCAGGUAUAUGGCCACGGAUGGGACGUACUGGUGUUCGAGCGCAAGAAGAUCACGAUACGGUCUCAAUUGACUCAGAUGACCCCGAAAUCAAAGCUACACAUAGUGGGUUUACCACCAUUAACCCGAAUCGUGACGGAGUACAGACUUCAAGGGACCUAAACAUGGAUGGACUAAGAUAUCGACGAGGUAACGGAGGGGAUCAGCCUACGCCUGAAAACUACGACCACCUACCCCAAGGCACUGCUCACCCGAGGCCAACCCCUGGGGAGCAGUUUAGAUUACCAGGGUCAUUACCGGGUGCACCUGCUAUAGCGUAA